AUGGUUUUCCCUUUAGAUUCCCAGCUCCAAAAUCCUAUUUCUGCUCUUCUUGAUGGCCUUUACUGUGAGGAAGAUCGAUUCUUGGAUGAUGAUUUAGGUGAAUGGUCUAGUUUAGAUGUGGGAAAUGAAAAAUGGGUUGAAAAUGUUAAAAAGACUCUGCCUUUAUUAGAAUGUGACAUGUUUUGGGAACAUGAUGAGCUUGCCACACUUUUAUCAAAGGAAAAAGAGUUUCAUUUGGGUUUUGAAUCUUUAAUCUCAGAUGGGUCUUUAAUGGGGGUUAGAAAAGAGGCUUUGGAUUGGAUGUUGAGGGUCAUUGGUUACUAUGGUUUUACUGCUACGACUGCUGUUUUAGCUGUGAACUAUUUUGAUAGGUUUGUGUCUGGAUUGUGCUUUCAGAAAGAUAAGCCUUGGAUGAGUCAGCUUGCUGCUGUUGCCUGUCUUUCCAUUGCUGCCAAAGUGGAGGAGACCCAAGUUCCCCUUUUGUUAGACCUACAAGUUGCUGAUUCUAAAUUUGUGUUUGAGGCAAAGACUAUACAGAGAAUGGAACUCCUGGUGCUUUCUACUCUUAAGUGGAAAAUGAAUCUGGUGACACCGUUAUCUUUCAUUGAUCAUAUAAUGAGGAGAUUUGGAUUCAUGACCAACCUGCAUUUGGAUUUUCUUAAGAAGUGUGAACGCCUCAUUCUUGAUAUUAUCACUGAUUCUAGGCUCUUGCAUUAUCCUCCAUCUGUUAUUGCAACUGCAUCAAUGUUUUAUGUGAUCAAUGAGAUUGAGCCUAACAAUGCUAUGGAAUACCAGAAUCAGCUCAUGAGUGUUCUUAAAGUCAGAAAGGACAGCUUUGAGGAAUGCAAUGAUCUUAUUCUUGAGCUAAUGGGCACUUCAUGUUACAAGCUCUGCCAAAGUCUCAAGCGCAAACAUCAUUCGGUACCUGGUAGUCCAAGUGGUGUUAUUGAUGCAUAUUUUAGUAGCGAGAGCUCGAAUGAAUCAUGGUCAGUAGCAUCUUCGAUUUCAUCCUCACCUGAGCCUCAGUAUAAGAGAAACAAAACUCAAGAUCAGCGAAUGACACUAGCUCCACUUGGCAGUAAUCUUCACUGA